AUGAAAUCCAUCUUUAUAACCCAAGAUGUAUGGGAAAUUAUUGAAGAUGGAUAUGAGAAACCCAAAGAUGCUGAUGAAGAGGCUUCUUGGGAUGAUACUAAAAAAUCCCAAUACAAACAAAACAAAAGAAGGGAUCAUUAUGCCCUUUCCAUAAUUUAUCGUAGCGUAGAUGAAACAAUACUACCUACGAUCAUGGCCGCUACAACGGCAAAAGAAGCAUGGAGUAUCUUGGAGACAAAAUAUAGAGGCUCGGAAAAGGUAAUACUCUUUAAACUUCAAUCUUUAUGGGGUCAAUUUGAUAGUUUACAAAUGUUAGAAAAUGAAACAAUUCAAUCAUAUGUUGACCGAGUCUCAAACAUUGUUAAUCAAAUUCGAUCUCAUGGAGACACAAUUGAUGAUGUGAAAAUAAUUCGAAAAAUAUUAAGAACUCUUAUUAAAAAAUUUGAUCACAUAGUGGCUGCUAUAGAAGAAUCUAAUAAAGAUUUAAAAUCACUCACCAUAACUGAGCUAAUGGGCUCUCUAAUAGCUCAUGAAGAAAGAAUGCGUAGAUUUGAUGAGCAGCCAUUAGAACAAGCUUUUCAAGCUAAAUUAAAGUUUUCUAAUAAUGGAGGAAAUAAAAAUGGUCACGGAAAGGAUUUUCAACCAAAAAGAGGAUUUUUUAACAACCGUGGUAGAGGGAGAGGAAAAUAUAAAAAUCAAGGGAGCCGAGAUAAUAAUUCUUAUUGCACAUUGUGCAAGAAAGAUGGCCAUAAUACAAGAGAUUGUCGGUACAAAUGCAAAAGAUGUACACGACACUCUCAUUUUGAAAAAGAUUGUUAUUUUCGUCAAAAAGAAGAGUCGAAUUUCACAGAAAAUAAUGAUAAAAUAUUUUAUACAUGUUUAAAUGCUCAAGAAGAGAAAAAUGAUCUAUGGUACAUAGAUAGUGGAUGUUCUAACCACAUGACCGGCAAUAAAAAUUCAUUUGUCAAUCUUGAUGAAAAUAUAAAAUCACAAAUAACACUUGGUGAUGGGAGUAAGCAAGAAGUUGUCGGAAAAGGGACAAUUGUUGUUAAAACAAAAAAAUGGCUCCUCUAA